AUGGCAUCAUCAAGCAGCAGUAGUAGUGGUGGGAGUGAAAGAAAAUUAGCUCGUGAUUCACCGCUGGAUAAUCGUGCUCGAUUUAAUCUUUCACCUGUACCUAGCAUGGAUGGUGAUGAAGAUGAUAAUGUCAAAUAUGAAAAUCAAAGAGAUCAUCCUAAUUUAGAUGAUAUUGAUGCUGAGAGUGGUGAAGAAGUUGAUUUAACUGGUGGUGCACAAGGUAGUACAACUGCUGUUACUAUGCUCGAUAAUCAUGAUGAUGUUAGAAUUGGAUUUGGUAAAAAAUAUAAUAAUGAUCAAGUAACUAAUGUAACGUAUGUUGUCCGUAAACAUUAUGAAAAUUUUGAAACAAUUGAUUGGUUAAAAGAUUUGAUGCGUAAUCGCAUUCGUCAGCGAAAUUUACGUGCACAACGAAGACAAAGUUGUAAAAAAAGACUUAUAUUUUGGUAUGAUGCAUGGAGUGGAUGGAUUUGUGUUUUAUUAGUUGGUGUAUCAGCUGGUAUUGUAGCUGGUUUUGUUGAUAUUGGAGCUAAAUGGAUGAGUCAUUGGAGAACAGGUGUUUGUACAUCAGCAUUUUGGCUUAAUCGAGAACAAUGUUGUUGGGCAUCACGAGAUGUUGAAUAUGAUGAAGUUCAUAAUGAAAUAUGUAAAUAUUGGAGAUCAUGGUCGGAUAUAUUUGGUAUCGAUAAAUCAACAGUUAGCGCUUGGUUUUUUGGAUAUUUUAUGUUUAUAUUUUGGUCUGUUAUAUAUGCUGCUUUUAUUGUUGUACUUGUUGUUGGUUCUGCUCCAUAUGCAAGUGGAUCAGGUAUUCCUGAAAUAAAAACAAUUUUAUCGGGUUUUAUAAUGUAUGGUUAUUUGGGAAAAUGGACAUUCUUUAUAAAAAGUAUUGGAAUGAUAUUUGCAACAAGUGCAGGUCUUAUUGUUGGUAAAGAAGGUCCAUUUGUACAUAUAUCAUGUUGUUGUGGAAAUUUAUUUUCAAAACUUUUUCCUAAAUAUGGUAAUAAUGAAGCACGUAAACGUGAAAUAUUAUCGGCAGCUGCUGCUACAGGUGUUUCUGUUGCUUUUGGUUCUCCAAUAGGUGGAAUUCUAUUUGGUUUAGAAGAAAUAAGUUAUUAUUUUCCAUAUAAAACAUUAUGGCGAACAUUUUUCUGUUGUAUGAUUGGUGCUCUUGUUGUACGUACAAUAAAUCCAUAUGGUAAUGGACAUGAAAUACAAUUUCCCGUUGAAUAUAAUGUACCAUGGGCAACAUUUGAAGUUAUACCAUUUAUUGGUCUUGGUAUAUUAGGUGGAUUAUGGGGAGCAUUAUUUAUAAAAACAAAUAUUAAUUGGUUAAAAUAUAAAAAAACUAAUCAUAUUGGAAGAUAUCCAAGAGCAGAAGUUAUUGUUUUAACUUUAAUAACAGCUAUUUUUUGUUAUCCAAAUAGUUAUUUAAGAUUAACAAUGCCUGAAUUAAUAAGACGUUUAGUUGGACAAUGUCAUCUUGAUGAUCAUAUGGAUUUAUGUGAUUAUGAACGAGACAAACCAAUAGCAACAGCUACAGCUAAAUUAUAUGCUGCUGUAGCUGGUCCUGGUCUUCAUCGUGCUAUUUGGCAAUUAUUUUGGGCAUUAAUUGUUCAAAUAACUCUUGUUAUUUUUACAAUUGGUACAAAAAUUCCAUCAGGUUUAAUUAUUCCAAGUAUUUCAAUAGGAGCUAUUGCUGGUCGUCUUAUUGGUAUUAUAACAGAACAAAUAGCAUUUAAAAAUCAACAUUUAGCUAUAUUAAGACAUGAAUGUGGAGUAUCAAAUGAACAUUGUGUUACACCUGGACUUUAUGCUGUUGUUGGUGCAUGUGCAUUUUUAGGUGGAGUUAGUCGAAUGACUGUUUCACUUGUUGUUAUUAUGAGUGAAGUUACUGGUGGUUUAUCUUAUAUAGUUCCAUUAAUGGUUACAGCAUUAACAGCAAAAUGGGUAGGAGAUGCAUUUGGUGAAGGAAUUUAUGAAGAAUAUGUUAAAUUAAGUGGUUAUCCAUAUUUAAAAAGUCGUGAAAGUUUUCCAUUUACUUUAAAAGCUGGCGAAGCAAUACGUGCAAAUCGUUCAGGUGAAAAUCCUCCAUUAGCAUGUAUAAUGCAAGAUGGUAUGACUAUAUCACGAAUUGAUACAAUGGUUCGUCAACAUCCACAUUCAAUUUAUCCUGUUAUUAUAAGUGAAGAUUUUCCUUGUCUUGUUGGUCAAAUACAACGAAGAGAUUUAUUAGCUGUACUUAAAUCACGAAAAAUGCAAUUAACAUAUACACAAACAAAACCAUUACUUAAUAGAAAAAUAUCAGUUGUAUCAAUGUCAAAUUUAUUAAAUAAAUCAGGUCAACCAUCAUCAUUAGGAAUGCGUCGUGCAUCAUUAGCUUUACAAGCAUCAAAAAUUUUACAAUUACAUAAAUUAGUUGAUAGAGCACCAAUUAUUGUUACUGAUCAAACACCAAUGGAAGUUGUUGUAGAUAUGUUUAGAAAAUUAGGAUGUCGACAAAUAUUUGUCACAAAAAAUGGUCGUCUUCAAGGUAUUUUAACUCGAAAAGAUAUUAUUCGAUUGAUGCAUGAAGCAAAUGUAUCAAGAAAAUUUGAACAAUAA